AAUCGCUGCUGAAUAAUUCAGCCGGGAGUAGGCAUCUUGGGUCACCUUGCGCAGCCGGCUGCGUGCCGGAGCCAGCUUCCUAAGAUGGAGGUUGUGCAGGAUGCGUGCGGGAUCGCCUUGCUGCUGGCAGCUCGCUGUCAUUGACUGACUGCAGGUGAGCGUGGCAGGCUAUGGGAUGGAUGAAGCUGAGCAGGACCAGUAUGAAGCUCGCCUCAAGGAGCUCUUCGACAGCUUCGACAGCACGGGCACGGGGUCCCUGGGGCAGGAGGAGCUCACCGACCUCUGCCACAUGCUGCACCUGGAGGAGGUGGCCCCGGCGCUGCAGCAGACCCUCCUCCAAGGCAACGUCCUAGGCAGGGUCCAUUUUGAUCAAUUUAAAGAAGCACUUAUCCUCAUCUUAUCCAGAACCCUCUCGAAUGAAGAGCACUUCCAAGAACCAGAUUCUUCCCCAGAAGCGCAGCCCAAGUACAUCAAAGGUGGCAAACGCUACGGCCGCCGGUCCCUGCCGGAGUUCCAGGAGUCGGUGGAGGACUUUGCCGAGGUGACUGUCAUCGAGCCGCUGAGCGAGGAGGCGCAUCCCCCCCACAUCGCCUCCAGCAGCUGCCAGGAGGCUUUGGAUUUCAGCUUGGAUGGGAAGGUGAACUUGACAGAGCUGACACUGGCACUAGAAAACGAGCUUUUAAUAACCAAGAACGGAGUCCACCAGGCAGCCCUGGCGAGUUUCAAAAUGGAGAUCAGACACUUGCUGGAGAGGGUUGACCAAGUAGCCAGAGAGAAAGAGAAGCUGCGGUCAGACUUGGAAAAAGCUGAAAAGCUGAAAUCCCUGAUGGCCUCCGAAGUGGAUGACCACCACGCCGCCAUUGAGCGCCGGAAUGAGUACAACCUCAGGAAGCUGGACGAGGAGUACAAGGAACGAAUUGCUGCUCUAAAGAAUGAGCUCCGGCGAGAGCGGGAGCAAAUCCUGCAGCAGGCUAAUAAACAGCGGCUGGAGCUGGAGCAGGAGAUAGAAAAGCUGAAAACUGAUGAGAACUACAUCCGGGACCGCCUGGCCCUUUCCCUGAAGGAAAACAGCCGCCUGGAAAGCGAGCUAUUGGAAACAGGAGAAAAACUGGCUGAGUAUGAAAGUUUGGCCAGCAAACUGCAGAGGAACUUGGAAAACGUCUUGGCUGAGAAGUUUGGUGACCUGGAUCCCAGCAGCGCGGAGUUUUUCCUGCAGGAGGAGAGACUGGCACAGAUGAGAAGCGAGUACGAGCGGCAGUGCAGAGAGCUGCAAGACCAGAUAGAUGAGCUGCACUCGGAGCUGGAGGAGUACCGUGCACAAGGCAAAGUGCUCAGGCCUUCACUGAAAAAUUCACUGUCAGAAGAGUUUGACAUUGAUAUGAAAAGUCAUGGCAAUAGUGGAAUUGAGCCUGACCAAGGACUUGGUUCAGAAGAUUGCAACCCAUUAAAUAUGAGCAUAGAGGCAGAAAUGGCUAUUGAACAAAUGAAGGAGCAGCAUCACAGGGAUCUACAUCACCUCAAACAGGAGCUUGAAGACACAGUGAGCCAUUAUGAAAAGCAGCUAGAUGAGACAAAAAUCCACUGUGAAAAGGAACAAGAGGAUAUGAGGAAGAAGUACACUGAAGAGAUGCAUGUCAUGGAAAAGCAAAUAACUGGCCUUAAAAGUCAAAUUGCAGAACUGCAAGGAGAGGCAGCAGUGCUCAGAGAACAGCAAGAAAAGCUUGACUGUAAAUACAAUGAUGAGAAAAACAAAUUACAGAUGCGUUUCGAUGAGGAAAAAGCCAAUCUGCAAGAACUAUUGAGGCAGGAGCAUGAAGAAGACGUAAGAGCCAGACUGGAGCAGGUAAACAAGAAGUUCAGUCAAGAACGGGAAGAACUGAUUCAAAAUGGUGUCUGGGUGGAAGAAAAAAUGAGAGUUUUAGUGCAGACCCUGCAGGAAGAGAAGGGAGAGCUGGAACGUGGCCUUCAUGAGCAGCUGAAAAGGAUGGCAGAGGUGCAUGCCCUGGAGAAAGAAGAGCUCCAGCAAGAGCUGCUGAGGAAGCACGAGCAGGACCUGGAGGAGGAGAGGAAAAAAAUGGAAAGUGACUAUAACAGAAGAGCAUCUCAUGCAGAAACUCAGUUUUCUGUCGACACACAAAUACUUGUGAAUAAAUAUGAAGAAACAAUCCAAAAUCUGGAAGGACGUUACCAGCGAGAGCUGCAUGAACUUGCUGAACAGCAAAGAGAGGAGAAAUCUCAGUGGGAGUUCGAAAAGGAUGAAAUUGCUCAGGAGGUUGCUGAAGCCCACGAGCGACUGAAGGAAAGUCUAGCAAAUGAAAAAGCAGUUUCUUCUGCCCUAACCCAGGAGAAAGAUCUCCUGGAGAAAAACUUCAAGGAAGAAGUGAACAAGCUUGUGUGCGAGAGAGAGCAGCUUCAGAAGGAGCUGAGAGACCUGAGGAAUGCUGCUGAGAAGCAGGAGAAAAAGCUGAAUGAUAAAAUAAUACAACUCCAAAAUGACCAUGAGAGAGAGCUAAAGAACAAAGAAGAACGUAUAUCUGUGGUGGAGGAAAAUGGGAAGCUGGUUAGGCAAAAGCUGGAGAGGCUUGAUAGUGAAUAUAAGCAGGAGAAAGAAGAUCUCAAUUCCAAACUUCUUACUUUGGAGAGUUUAAACAAAGACAUUUGUGUAAGAGCAGAAACAGAAAAGGCUGAGAUGAGUUUGGAAAUCUCAGACCUUCAAGGGAAAAUACAGAAAUUGCAGUGGGAGACCCAUAGUUUUUCUGCACUACAGAAUCAUUAUAGGGUCCUGGAAAAUGAGUAUGCCAAAGCAAAGAGCAAAAUUGCUUCUUUCUCUGGUAUGGCACCUCUGGGAGAUGAUGCAGAUGUCCUCUUAAAUCUGCAGAAAGUGCACGAGCAAGCUGUGAAGGAAAAUGUCAGAAUGGCCGCUGAGAUCGCCAGGCUGCAGCACAGGUUGAAAGCUGCAGAGCGGGAGCCCGUGCAGCCUCCCAGUCCUGGCUGCUCCGACUCUGGCUCAGCCCCAUCUCAGCUGCCAGAUGAAAUGGAUCCCAUUUUUGAAGGGUUCCCCAGUGACUGUGAAGAUGCAGACAAGGGAAGAGAUUCAAAUGUCCUUGCGCUUUUGGAGGCUGAUACUACAGACCUGGAAGAAACGAGUGAGGUUGAUUCAGAUUUGGAGGAAGCAUGUGUUAAAGCCAGAGCAGGUGGCCAUGCACUCGAGAUGCAGGUGUGUCAGACACAAGGAAGUAAAGCAGCACUGGAAGCUGAUGGCAGUCGGGAUUGUGAUAAGAAUCGAGAGCUUUCUCGAGUGCCUCUGCUGCAAAAAAGGAGAGACCUCGAGAAAACUCUUGAGAGAGUUCCCAGACUAAAAAUGUUACACAAUGAUGUUAAACAGCAGAAAGUUCAUCUGCUAAAUCACAGAAUAGCUCCCAAAACUAAAGGGUUUGUUUCUGAUGCUUUGAAGCUGCAGGUUGAGCUUGAAAAGGCUGAAGAACUGAGUGAAGCCUCUCUCCUGCUUGAUCAUGCUCCUGGGUCAAAAAACGGUGACCUGAAAAGCGUAAUAGCUCAGCUUUGGAAAAGGGUCACAGAGUUAGAAGACAGAUUGAUGGCACAGGCUAAACUUCUGUCACUACAAGAAGAAAUUCAGGUAGAAAAUGAGGAUCUGAAAUCUGAAAUGAUAAAGUUAGUUGAAAAAAAUAAAGUGCUAGAAGACAACCUGCAUAAGCUGAGAAGCCUUCACUGCGAGCUAGAAGGAAGCCAACUGGAAAGUAUUAAGCUCAGAGAGGAAAACACAUUCCUCCAAAAAGUUAAAGAAUUGGAAGACGUCCAAGAACAAGAAGCACAAGGGAACAUAGAUGCACACAGUAACCAGUUAAGGCUGCAAUGCCAGCUUGGGAAGCUGGAAGAACAUGCCACUGCAUUUACAGGUCAGCAAGACAAGCGUGUACCAAGUGACAGCCUGGUGAAAGAAAUGUUGGAAAAGAGGGAGCUGCAGGAGCCCAAUAGAAAGCUGAAGGAGAAAGCUGCUGCUCUGGCUAGCCCAACCAACAUACAUUCCCACGAAGAGAGAGAGGAGAGGAAAACAGUGACGCAGGGCUUACAAAGCACGUGCACUGAGCUGCAGCAAAAAGUUGAUCUCCUGAGAUGUGAAGCGGAGAAGCUCAGAGAAGAAAAUGCUGUUCUGAAGAACGAAGUGACUUUAUUAAAUGAGGAAGGUAGCGCUUCCAGCCUGAAACUGAGGGAGCUAAAUGGAUCCCGAGAAGAAAUGCGGCAAAAGAUAGAGGCUGUGAGAAAGGAGAAAGUGGCUGUACAGAAGAUGGUUGACAACUUGAAAAAGCAGGUAGCAGAUCUGAAGACAAGGAACCAGCAGCUGGACUCUGAAAAUACAGAGCUUAGCCAGAGGAACUCCAAAAAUCAAGCAGAUGUGCAGGAUCUUAAUCAACAGCUGGCAAGGGUGCUCAAGCAAAAGGAAAGGGAAGCAGGAAAAUGUACCCUGGAGGAAUGGGAAAAGGAGAGACUGGUACUGAAAGAGGAACUGGAAAACACCCAAGUAAAGUCAUCAAAUAUGGUGUCUUCCUUGGAGAUGGAGCUGUCAAAAAUGAAGGUUCAAGCUCAUAUAUUGGAGCAGGAGAACCACAUCCUCAAGCAGGAACUCGAGAAAACAAAACAGCUGCCCAGAUGUCCUGAUCUCUCUGACCUUCAAACUGAAGUUUCAAGCCUAAUUACUAAAAAUGAAAAACUGCAGAAAGAAAAAGAAGCCCUGAGUGAGGAAUUAAACAGGUGUAUUGAUAAGGUAGCUAAAGUAAGCUGCUUAGAGAAUGCAAUUGGCAGCUUGAAGCAGGAACAGAAAUCCUGGGAACAGCAGAGUCAGACACUGAAAACACAGCUCACCGUUUCACAAGAAAAGGUUCAGAGUCUCGAUGAAACACUGCAAAAUGCCAACCUUCAAAUGUCCCGACUAAAAUCAGACUUACGGGUGACGCAACAAGAGAAGGAAACUCUUAAACAAGAAGUGAUGUCUUUACACAAGCAACUGCAGAACGCCAAUGAAAAGACUCGGGUUCUAGAACUGGCUGUGCCUUCCUCAGGGCUCCAGGACCAACAGAGGCAACUACACUGGGAUGAACUGGACCAGCUGACGAAACAGGAGCAGCAGCUGCUCAGGCAGGAAAAUGAGAGGCUGCAGAGAGAAGUGCAGAGCACUAAAACCGACCUGACUCACUCCAGGGAGAAGAUUCGACAGCUGGAAUCUACUAUCCUUUCCCUAAAGCACCAAAAGCAUCAAAGCCAGUCAGGUAUUGUCAAAGCCAUAGAGCAAGAGAAACUAAGCCUGAAGAGAGAGUGUGAACAGCUUCAGAAGGAGUUGUCAUCUGCAAACAGGAAGAUCAGUCAGAUGAAUUCUCUUGAACGUGAACUGGAAACCAGCUCAGAAAAUGAAGGGCUAAGGAAAAAGCAAGUCAAACUGGAUGAUCAGUUAAUGGAGAUGCUCCACUCAAGCGCCAGUGUGAUGCUUAGCAAAUCACCGCACUCCCGGGAGCUCCAGCAGCAAGGCUGUGCUAUGGUGCCCAAGGAACAGUUCCUGCAGCUCCAACACCAGCUACUACAAGCAGAGAGGAGGAGUCAACGUCUUCAGGAAGAACUUGAAAGUAGACCCUCUGAAACAAACAUGCAACAGGGGGGUCAUGAGCAGCUUCUAAAAAUGAUGGAAGAACGUAUGAUGGAUGUUGAACAAAAACUAAGGCUUGUGAAGAGGCUUCUCCAAGAUAAAGUAAAUCAGCUGAAAGAACAACUUUCCAAGAACACUAAAGCAGAUGCAAUGGUCAAGGAUCUCUAUGUUGAGAACGCACAACUGCUGAAGGCUUUGGAGAUGACAGAACAGCGGCAGAAAACUGCUGAAAGGAAAAACUAUUUACUAGAAGAAAAAAUUGCCAACCUCAAUAGAAUAGUCAAGAACUUGGCAUCCCCAUCAUUUAAUUCAGCAUCUGAGAUAAGGUUAUAGCAAAGCCAUUAAGUCUGCCACAGUCCCAUGCACUUUACUGAAAUGUUAAUAUUUCAGCUUUUCACUGUGUUGCCUUUUUGUAUUGAUGAAUUUUAGUUAACAGGUGCCUCCAAGGAGAGGACAGAGCUAAAUCCCAAACCAGACACUGCCAAAAGAGAACUUUUGUUUAUUCCCAAACUGCUUUUCUGCUAAGUUUUGCCUAAAAGUAAUCUUCACUAUCUAAAAAACCCCCAUGUUCUUCUAGGUUAACUUAUUUUGAUACUUUGGUUUUAAUUUAAAAUAUAAAUUCUGAAUCUACUGUACUGAAUCAGUUGAAGCCAAGGUCUAAUGCAAACUUGCUGAAUUCAAAACUUUCAGAUAUUUUGGGCUUUCUCAAAUACUUCAUGGUCCAAACCUAGCAAUAUUGAUAGAUCAGUCUUCAACACUGUCAGUAUAAUUGUGUUGAAAGCAAGACUUCCCUGAUAUGGUCUGUGUCCUGCAAACUGAUUCUGUUUUCUGUAAAGCAAUAUGUUCCACCUUAUGCAUUAGGCUUCUGGGUUAUUCUUCAUGGUUGUUUCUCUGCAGAGCUCAGAAAAAAAGUUUUCUUAAAAUUAUGUAGACUACUGCUUCCAACUAAGUGUAAUGGUAUUUCAUCUGAAGAAAUUUCCCAGCUGGCAAAUAAAGACUACUACCUUUUUUUAAAUUAUUUUUUAAGCUGUGCUGCCAGACAACUUAAAAAAUGUAGAGGCCUUAAUUUUUUUUUGUGUGGAAAUAAGUUAUACUAAACAAAGGAAGAGUCACUAAGCAGAAGUGAAGAUGUUGAGGUUUGUUUAUAUAAUUUGUAAGUUUAGUAAAGCAGUGGAGUAUGUUUAUUAAACAACUGGCAGAAGAAUGAAGAGGGGGACUGGAAUGAUUUCGUCAGUGAAAUCCUGUCACUGGGCCUCACAAACAUGGACCUUUGCCAUUAAUGCAGUGUUCAGUUUGACCUGAGUGAUAGUUUGGAAAGGCCUGUCCUUUGUAUAGAUCCUGGUACAGAAUCUGUUUGUAAUUAAUUGUGAAGAAACAUAUUCAACAUGGAUAUGAAGAACUCAGGGAAUAACAGCCUAAAUUAGCUUCCUUCAACAUUACAAAUGUGGAUAUUAAUGUCAGUAGAUGAAGAUAAAUAUGCAUUAGGAAAAGCAGGAUAAACCAAAUUGUCUUUGUAUGAGUAUUACUUUAGUACUCCUAGACCAACACAUGGAAGUGCUGUAGCCAUGAAGGUCGAAGAGCAUCACGGUUUGUAACCACAGGCAGUACCUCCUAUCUGAUCAGCCCAUGAGGCUGGGGAAAUGGAAGUUUUCUGGGAACACCUUAAAGACUCGGAUGGGUCUGACACAGAAGCGGCUGGAUAAGAGCUGGCAUGCUCAGAUGCUUGUAAAUAAUCCAUUACUGCAAAUAGUCUAAAAGCCCUACAACUGCCUUGCCUCCCUCAGACCAGUGAGACACAUUUAAACAAUGUAAAUAAAACUGGUGAAAGGGGCCAAACUGGCAAUACUUGAAACUGGAGCUCUUUAAAUAUCCAUGAAUUGAGGAUGCAGAGGAAGAGAGCGAGAUGUUUUGUCUCUGAGACCGCUAGCAAGGUGACAAUUCUGACAGCAUUUGUAAUGAGCCAAAAGUCCCCCAGAAACUGGGAUAAUACUGCCUACAAGCUGUGGAGUAACCUCUGGAAGAUGAUUUUCACUCACUGCUGAUUAGCAUGUGGCUGUAGGGGAUGCUGUCUCUGUGUAUGUGGUUACUUACCAACUUCGAAUGGUUGAGGGACUGAACUAGAGAUAGAGGGUAUGACCUCCUCUCCUCCUCCUCCAUUCCUUUAUGCAGGCAAUACAGUGGAAAUGGAAAUACAAUCAUGUAAGAAAAACAUGUUGGAGUAUCACAAAGUCUUUUUCAAUUAUUUCACUGCUAUGCUGUUUUAAAUGCCUAUACUGGGUAUUUCUCUAAAUCUCAAAUUCAGGGAUUUGCAUAUCAUGUUUUUCAGAGGCUGCAAACAUUUUUUUGCAAAUCUGAAAUGUGUCAGAUUGACAAAUUGCAUUGAUAUAAAUCAGAGUUUUAAAAAAUGUGAAGUAGCAAGAUCUUGUCUCUUUUAAUAUUAAUCAGUAAGUGAUAUCAGUUAUAAUGAAUCUCUGCGUGUGGGUACCAGGGCUGUCUGUUAGCAAUAUGAGAAUUGAGCACACCCUAAAACCGUGCCUACGCUCUGGAAAUUAGCAAAGUGUCAAAAUACUUCCAGGAAACAGUGUAAAUAUGAGGUUCAGAGGAUCAGAAGGGUAUUUGGAAAAAUAUUAUUAGCUAGCAUAUUUUAACACUACUUCACACCUUGAUGUAGGUUUACUUCCAAUGCUCACUCUGUGACCAAAGUCUGAACACUGAACAGAGGGAACUUCACUUUUUCUGUGCAAUUAAUUUCACAUUACUCAAUUUUAAAGGCUAGACUACUUAACUAAUUCUUUUAAUCUCCUGGUAGUUAUAAACUCUGGUUUAUAACCUGGUAUAUAACUCUCUGAUAUAUAAUCUCCAGGCUUUUAUAAACCAAACAUACAGACAUUUCUGGAGCACAAAAAGGGAGCCCAGAUAUUGGAACAGAAGGGAAAAACUGAGAAAAGGGACUUUUACUUCUUCCUUUCUCACCCUAUCCUACCUUGUUCUACUUUCAUUCAGCUUCAAAAACCUAACAUAACCACAGGAGGAGGAGGAGGGAAAUGUUUGGUAAAUAUUUUUUAGACAAAACUCCACUGGAAUACUUGUGUGAAUUAAUUCUCAGAAGUGCCUUUUAUAAUGACAUAUUCUAGAGCCUUCCUGUACUGUACUGGUUUUGUUGCUACAGGACAAUUCAGGACAAUCCCUUCCCAAAUGGAGGGAACACAGAGAAAGGUAGUGCUGCUUACAAACGGGUGUCAUGUGGCUUAUUGGUUCAUUGUGUCAGCUCAGAAGAUAAGCAGCUAGUUUUACAGAGUCCAGGCUACUGAAAAUAAGCAUAUAAAUGUGUAAGUUAUUAAGCAUUAGUGGUCUUUUGUGCAUGACUGUGUCUCCUAUGCGGUGUAGGCAUUUUAAAGAUACCAAAGUAUUUAGUGGUAUUGUACCAGUCAAAAGUCACUGAAUUUCUAAGCCUUGUUCAUACAACAUGUCUUGCCACUUAAGACUUUAACUACUUUAUAACCAGAAUAUAUUUUAAAUGUUUUCAACUCUUGCUUUAUGAAUCACUGUGAAAAUAAAGGCACGCAGAUAUCUCGGGAGUUUUGGAAGAGGAAAGAACUCGAAUUUAUGUGUCCUAAAUUCACACAGUUGAAGUGCUACUUGUCAAUUUAGAAUUAUUUAAAAGUAUACUUUGUCGCACAUGCUCCAAUUACUACUUUAAAUACAGGGAAAAUUUAAUUCUGAUUG